AUGCAUUGCGCCCAUCUUUAUAAUCUCCUUGGCCUAAAGGGCACUUGGAUGGACAUGAAGAUUGCCACCUUUCUGCUUGGCGAAUCCAACUUCUGGGUUGGAGAAGGUCGGCCCAAGACGUUUGAUGAUUGCUUUGAAAAGUUUUAUCUUCAGAGCGGCAACACGGCUGCCGCCUUCGCACGGAAUCGCCGAGGAAACCGUACCACUGUUUCUCGAGCACGCGUACGGACCAUCGAACCUGCCGUGUCAGUCUCGAUCGUCUUCGUCAAGGCCCAGAUUGGCAUCGGAACCGAAAUAGCCUGGACGCCUGAGCUGUUCGAGGAUAUUAUUGCUCGCAGUACCUACACAAAGGAGGUCACAUCCAACGAGAAGUGCAUAUCCAUGCAAAAGGCCAAGGACAAAGCUUCUGGAAGAGACACAAACGUUGAGCUUGUUGCCUCCGACAAGCUCAUCAGAGCGUUUCUUCUCACCCUCGCUACUGAAUCUCUCGAGAUGGCAUUCCCUUACUUUCUGUUGCGUGGCCAGUGCUGGAAGGUAAUGCGAGCACUCAGGGACGCCUGCAAGCCUAUUCUGAGAGACCAUCCCUACGCAUAUAUGAGGGAGGUCGACAUGCCUGGGGUGGUUUGGUGCAUUUUCAACGCCGUGUAUGGACUCGACAAGAAUGGGCGUAGGAUAGAGCCUGACUUGAGAGUUCUGAGUGUCGCACGCGCCACUUGCGAGGAGCUUCUCCGUGGCGAUGAGGGUCAGAAAGCCUUUGAUCUUCUUUGCCAGUUCAAGCAUAUUCAUAUCAAAAACGAGAAUGGCAAAGAGCAAGAUGAGAAUGCAGCUUGGAUAUUGGGGUAA